GCAGAAGCAGUAGCAGCGGAGGUGUAAUUGGAAAAAAGAGGCUUUGGAGAGUUACGCCCCAAAAAGGGACUAAACCAGGAGUGGCAGAAAGGGAUUGCGGUUGUUGGAGUGAUUAGUGAACGGAGGAUUUGUUCAAGACGCUGAUUUCUGAAAUUGCUGAUAUUAUGCUACGUGUGAUCUUCCUCGUGGCGCUUCUGGCGACACCGGCGCUGUUCGAGGCAGCGCCCGCCAAGCAGGGGGGUGCCGAGCGACGUCGCGCCUUUUACCGCCGGUCCACAACCACGGCGGCACCGCCGUCCCCGGUUCCGGCCGCCACCCACGAGGACACCGCCAGCGCCGAGACCAAGUUCGGCGACGGUAACGGCGAGGGCCUGUACACGGUCGGCGAUUCGUUCACCAUCGGCGGCGGAGGCGGUGGGGGUGGCGGUUCGUUGUCGUCUUCGUCGUCGUCUGCAGGGGAUUCCGUCGGCAAGGGAAGUGCCUUCAAGCCGGUCACCAGUGGCGGCGAUAAACUGACGUCGUUCUCGGAAUAUAACUUUGGCGGCACCAAGCUUUCCGACCCCGGUGACUCGGACGAAGACUACGGACUAGGAGGCCUGAAGAACCACAAGCCCCUGACGUCGUCGAACAACAACUUUAAGAACAGUGGAUCGUUUGACUUUUUGAACAAUGACUUUUCCAAGACCUCCCUGGACCUUUCGACCCGACCAAAAUCCUCCAUUACCAGUAAAUUUUCUAUCUCCCAUCCCACUCCCUCGAAAAGCACCGGUAUUACGGGUAAGCUCGAUCACCUGGACGACUCGACCGAGUACGACGUGUACUCUAGCUUAAAGUCCAGCAGUAGCUACCGGUCCCCGUUGCAGGGUUACGGCACUUCACAGUUUUCGGCCUUUCCAGGUUCCUCCUCCUCACUGAACUUCGACGGCAAGGUGAAGAAGCUCUCACCGUAUACCAGCUUUGACGACUCUGGACUGACGAGCGGAUCGCUGACGACAGGAAGCCUGACCAAGUACAAGAAGAACAAACUGUCCUUAGACGAUGACACGUUCGGGGGCGGUGUUGGUUCGGCGUUCGGCGGAUUCGGUAACAGCUUCGGCGUCGGUAAGCUAGAAGACUUCCUCGGUGGCGGCGGCGCUGGCAUCGGCAAGAAGAAUCCCUUCCGCUUCGGUGCCGGCGAGCCACCGCUGGUGAACUCUGCCUUAUCGACACUGAAACAUUUUGGUCAUGGAAUUCUAGGUAAACCCGAGAAAGCGUCCUCCCUGUUCGACGACAGCGGCGAGAGUGGUACCGGUUUUGGGGCGUCCAAAUUCAAACCGUCGUCCAACUUUGGCAAACAAGGAAGCUUCUCCAACAGCUUCAACCUGGACGACAGCAACGAGUCGUACGAGCCGGCCUACAAGCCCAAGCUUACAAAACCGCACCACUCAUCGUUCUCGUCGUCAUCCUCCUCCUUUGGAUCCUCCAAACCGCUGCUAAAACCCUCCAUCACCGAGUUCGACAGUGACUUCGAUGUGAAGAACAUCAAGCUGCCGGGCGCUCACUCCAUCACCAACUCGAACUCCAACUCCAACAAAUUCAGACAACACAGUACUAAAACGAACCCACACAAGUCCAAACACGGUCCCUCCAACAUUGACAAUCCCAACCCGCUCGAGUUCCGACCCAACUUCAAACUGCAAGAUGUGCCCAAUCUGUACCCUGACGAACACCAUCAUCUAGGUGCCGGCAUCGCCGCGAAGGGCCAGAUCGAGAACUUCCUCAACUCGGAGGGCGUCUUCAAGCCGGAACCGUUCCGCACGACGCACUUCCUCGACGGACCCCCACCCAAGAAGAACCCGUACGGCCAGUUCGCCAAGCCCUCCGAGGAUUCCGACAACCUGGAAAAGGAAGCCUUGAAGGCGCAGAUCGAGUUCCUGAAAGCCCAAGCCGCGAAGCGAUCCCCCGCCGAGGUCCGGCAACGACCGCACGGAGGUGUCCCGUUGGGACCACCGCCCAAGCCCAUCCCCGGACACGGACCGAUCCGAGGCCCGCCACGACCGGUGCGCCGGAUUCCGGCCCUCGGCGUCAAGUCGGCCCAUCCGCUGCCCAGGAUCCCGCACUUCAACGAUCGGCCGUUCAGCGUUAGCUUUAAGCUGUAAGCGAGACUGUUGUAGAGCGUUGCUGCCUUGACGUGCAAUUUGUUGAUUUUUGAAAACCCGCCUCUCUUUUAAAUGGUAGAACGGUAGAAAAGUUCUGCCACCCCCCGUAGUCGAUGAUUUUAGUAUUAAUUUAUUUAUUUACUGUAGGGAUAAAUUUUAGUGCGAUGUGAGCGAAAUAGACAUUUGGAAACGUGA